AAAGAGGUCAAGAAGCAAAUCAAAGAAUCCAAGCUAAUUCAACAACUUGACAAGCAGAAGGAAGAGGAGGAGGAGAAGAAGACUGAGGCAGCAAUGCAACAGAGUCAGAGGGAAAACCGAUCAGGUAAUAUUGAUUAGGUUUUCACCCCACUGGUUAUUCCACUAUGGUCCCACUAUCUUAAAAAAACAAAAACACAUUACAAUAAAAUAAUGUAUGAUUUUGACUCCAGUAUCUGUAACCCUAGGACGGUCGUACACAGUGAGUGUGGCCCUGCCUGGUUCUGUCCUGGACAAUGCCCAGUCUACAGAACUCCGUACGUACCUGGCUGGACAGAUAGCCAGAGCCUGCGUCGUGUUCUGUGUCGACGAGAUCAUCGUAUUUGACGAACAAGACGAGGAUGUCAAGUAAGACCUCUGUUUCUAUGCAUCUUAUUUUAGACUCAUGUCUUUAAUAGUUUGAUGCUGUUGUAGAUAUUAGGUCUUGACAGUGGCAGUAUAAUGAUACUGAUCCACAAUGUUGUUUUAUUUCACAGGACUGUUGACGGAGAAUUCAAUGGUGUCGGCAAGAAGGGUCAAGCCUGCAUUCAACUGGCUAGAAUACUCCAGUUCUUGGAAUGCCCACAGUAAGUACUGCAUUGACUUAUAACAGACUGUCAAAUGCAGCUGCCGUGUUAAUCCUCUUCCUUUUGUGUUAUUUUCCAAGGUACCUGCGCAAAUCAUUCUUCCCAAUGCAUAAAGAUUUACAGUAUGCCGGUGAGUGAGUAGCUGUAUAACUCAAUCUCCAUUCCUGGUUUUCCCAACCAUAUAAUUAACAUAUGUCAUAGUGUAAACAUUAUAACGAAUGUUCUAGUACAGCCAUAAUUGGCCCUAACUAUGUGUUGGUGCCUCCCCACCCAGGCUUGCUCAACCCUCUGGACAGCCCUCACCACAUGAGGAAGGAUGAUGAGUGUGAGUACCGGGAGGGAGUGGUCCUCGAUCGGCCCAGCAAACCAGGAAAAGGCUCCUUGGUCAACUGUGGAAUGUGGAAGGUGAGCAGAUGUCUCGAUAUGGUGAUAAAGUACGGUAAUGUGCCAUAAGAAGAACCAUAGGUCAACGGACCGAGAAAGCUGUGUGCUUAUAUUGAACCCCAACAGGAGCAGGACGUGGUAGAGGACUGAUGUCUUUUUCUGCUACUUUUAGGAGGUACAGAUAGAUAAGCAGCUACAGUCGGGUCUCAGAGUCACUGUCCAUAUGAACAAAACCCAGAAUAAAGGUAGGUCUACAUCUGUACAUCCAACUCAGUUGUUCCACUGAAACUGAUCUUUGAUUCCAUGAAUAGGAGCUUCAGAGAAGUACGUUUCAGUUAUUUACUUACAAAUAUGAUGCCGCCCUCAUAGUUGCACAAUAUUUUGUGUGUGUGUUUACACAGAUGGUAGACUACACAAAGGGGUGGUGGUGGCGCCUCACAAGCCACGAACAGAGGGAGGUCUGUACUGGGGCUACAGUGUUCGCCUGGCCUCCAGUCUAAGUAGGUGUAUUCUUUACAUAUCCUCCACAACUGGAGACAUUCUUUUCAAUUUCGUGAGGUUGAGAUUUUCAUUCUAUUUGACGAGUCUCACCUUACCAAGUGUUGAUUGGAUUGCAGGUAAUGUGUUCACUGAGUGUCCACAUAAAGAGGGCUAUGAUCUGACCAUUGGAACAUCUGAUAAAGGCGGAGAUGUUGACAAAACCUCUCUUUCUCCAUUCAAGUAAGUUCAGAGUAUGAGGGCGAGAACUACAAAAUGCAAGAAGGUCUGGUGGAAGACCUGUUUACAUAUAUUACUAUAACUUUUCUUUGUUUUAUAUGGUAAACAUAACUGGUACCGUAGAAUCUGUCAGGAAAUAAUGGUGCGUGGGUUAACGAGCAGCAGUAGUUCUGGUGUUUGGGUUUUUCAUCACUGGUUAUUUGGACAUAUCACAAUUUCGCAGGUGUUGGCAUUUUUCGAAUUUCAGAAGAGGGGACAUUUGGCCCAUAGGCUUGUAUGUAACUUGCAAAGAGAGAGGGGGUGGAGCUCCUCGUUCUGGUUCCGCUCCUCGUUCUAGCAUCUCUUCAUCCCUGCUCUUAACAUGUAUGGACCCAGAAUCGAGCAGCUGACCAAUUAAGCAAGACUUUAAUUCUGGGUUACCGAGAUGAUAUAUGGCCUAAAACUUUGUUCUGUUUCUCUCUCCCCCCCUCUCUCACUCUCUCUCCCCCCCUCUCUCACUCUCUCUCCCCCCCUCUCUCACUCGCUCUCCCCCCCCUCUCUCACUCCCCCCCCCCCCCCCCCCCCACUCUUUCUCCCCCCACUCUCCAGGCACAUGUUGGUUGUGUUUGGUGGUCUGCAGGGCUUGGAGGCCAGUGUGGACGCUGAUCAGAACCUGGAGGUGACGGACCCCAGUGUCCUGUUUGACCUGUACCUCAACACCUGCCCCAACCAGGGCAGCAGGACCAUCCGCACAGAGGUGAGUGGGGAACAAAGAGGAGUGUGUAGCAGGGGAAGACAGAGGAUCGCAAACUGUCGUUCACAUGUCUGCUGUAGGUCACUGAGUUAUUCCCUGACCAGGAAAGACACUGACAAUGGAACAUGGUUUCCUUACAUCAGGGGUGUCAAACUCAUUCCACAGAGGGCCGAGUGUCUGCAGGUUUCAGUUUUUUCGUUUAAUUUAAGACUUAGACAACCAGGUAGGGGAGUUCCUUACUAAUUAGUGACCUUAAUUCAUCAAUGAAGUACAUGGGUGGAGCGAAAACCCGCAGACACUCAGCCUUCCGUGGAAUGAGUUUGACAGGUGCCCUACAUGGUAAAGGAAAAACUCGGGCCCUUAAUGUCAUUAUAUCGGCUGGGAGUUCAAUCUGACUGGUCUAUUUUGUUUCUCUGAUCCAUCCCAUGUGUAAUCCACAGGAGGCCAUCCUGAUCUCGAUGUCCAGCCUGAGGCAGAAAAUCACAGCCGCAUUUCCAGACGUGUCGACUGGUUCGUAACAGGAAGUGGCCACUGACAAACCAUCACUGAGAGGCAGUCUAAAGGAUCAACGGGACUAUUAAUAAUUCACGCCUUUGGGGAACUGGGUGAAGCUAACUGACCCAGAUGAUUUAAUAUUUAUAUACUUCUGGGAUCAAAUGAAUGGACAUUGCUGGGAUCAUUGUGUGCUGUAAGCGUCUUUUAUUAAAGGAUAGCGGAUCACAGCACAAGUGAAGAAGAACCCACUGUCUUGGCCAUGAGACCUCAUCCUUGGUGGUGUUUCCCAUCUAGAACAACUGUUACUCUCUGUCUUUGGUAGCUUUUUGCUAGUUAAAGCCAACGCUAGCUUUGCCUUAUGUUUCUACUACCCCUCUGUAUAGGAUUCCAGGUGAAUUAAGUCAUUUAUAUGCAUGUUUUUUUGUCAUUUGUUCUCAAGACACACAUUACGGAACAUACAUGAAGAUGAAGUUGCUCAACACAAUGCUAACAAAUAAUGCAAUACAUUAUUUUAGUAAUGCUAACAAAUACUGCAAUACAUUUUCGUAAUACUAAAUACCGCAAUACAUUAUUUUGAAUCAUUCAAACUCAGACAGCUGCAUGCCUAGGGAUGUCAGAAGUAAAGGGUCAAACAUGACGAGGCAACGUUUGUCCGUGUCAUGGUUAGACGGGAUAAAACAACUUAGUAUCUAAUACAGCACAGUUGCGUGAAUGCCUUACAGAAGCUCACACACCCCUACAUUCAACAGGCAUGGUGUGAUUCUAUUUGCUUGGCAUGAACCAACCUAAAGUACAAUAAAUGUAAGCUUGUGUUCUGAUGUUGGUAUUUUAACUGUUAAUACUUCUAAGCCAUACAAGGUUUGAUUGGAUACGGUAAUGCGACAAACAUGUCACUGUUAACUUUAGCCAUACUGUCUUUAAGCAUAUAAUGUCAUUCCUUUAAAGCGGCAAUCAGCUGUUG